AUGAUUUUUAAGCGGAUCGAUACUAUUGUCGCGACAUCUUCCUCUGCCAACCCAUCAAAGAAGACAAAGAUCUGGUGCGACAAAUGGAUCCACGACGGGAUCUGCGCAUUCACCCAGCAGGGGUGCAAGUUCAAGCACGAGAUGCCGCUCGACAAGGCAACCCAGUUCUCCGUCGGCUUGUUUCACGGCCUGCCAAACUGGUACAAGAAACAGCAGAGCGAGAUGGCCACGGCUCGGCAGAUCCAAGACCUAGGCGAUGACAACCAGGACGUGUUCGACCGCCCUAUCGUCAUGCCGGGCGACGCGCAUCGCCGCAUCGGCCGCCACAUGCCGACAGAUUCCGGCUUCGGCAUGGUCAGCCCGGAGGCUGGAUCUCGCCCGGGCCCGUCCGGAUGGCGCCGCUUCAGCACUCAACCUAGCCAGGCAGGCACAACGAACGUGUCUCGCCCGCGGACCUUGGAGAGCCCGUUUCCCCUGUCCCCGGGUCCGGCUCUCAGCACGCCUACCCACGGCGGCAUCAUGACUCGAUACCCGCAGCUCCCGACACCUACCGCCUCCUCGCCACCCCGACAGGACUUCGGUCCUAUCGGCACGCCUCGCCGGGGGCGCCCAAUCUCCGGGCUCUCCACAGAGGGCUUUCCCGCUACGUUGAACUACGAUGAGCCCCAGAGUCCUGCCGGCAAAGACGAGGAUGUCGAUGCCAAGUUCUACCCUACAUCAGAGCAUACUGCGGUCAAGGGUUAUGACAAGGCUGGAGCCCAGUAG